UGUGCUGACAACAUCGACCAGACAUGGAUUAUGUCCUUGACAAUGAUUUUUCUCAGGUCAGCGACGACAAUUUUUCCAAUUACACCUGGGAUUUGAACUACACCCUGCCUCCAUUACCUGACAUUUUGACCCCUGAGAUUCAGCCACUCCAAAUCCUUUCCCUGUUGUGCUACAGCCUUGUGAUCUUGCUGGGUGUCCCUGGAAAUGCUUUGGUGGUGUGGGUGACAGGGUUCUGCAUGUCACCCACUGUCACUUCCAUCUGGUUCCUCAACCUUGCGCUGGCUGAUCUUCUGUGCUGCCUUUCUCUCCCAUUGCUCAUGGUCCCAUUAGCCCACGAUGACCACUGGCACUUUGGCCCGGUGGCCUGCACGCUGGUCAAAGGCCUGUUUUUCCUUGUGAUGUACUGCAGUGUGCUGCAGCUUGUUUUGAUCAGUCUGGACCGAUGGAUUCUGGUCAGCAAACCAGUGUGGUGCCAGAACAACAGGCGACCUCGGUACGCUGCCUUGGGGUGCGCCGCUGUCUGGUGUGUGGCCCUGCUCAGCAGCAUCCCUCAAUUUGUCUAUUCCACAGAGAUCAAAGCAGGUGCAGAUAAGCGCGAGUGUGUGGUGAAGUACACUACACUUACCGCCUGGGUCGUCACAUCCUUCCACUUCGUGAUGGGAUUUUUCCUCCCUUUCCUUGUGAUUGUGGCUUGCCAUCUGGUGGUGCUCAGGAGAGCAGAGAGGGGAUUGUCCCGUGGGCCCCGUUCCAAGCGCACCCUGAGGAUCAUCAUGGCUGUGGUUCUCAGCUUUUUCCUCUGCUGGUUCCCACUGCACAUAGCGGACUUCCUCGUGCUGACCACACCUCGAAAUUCACCCAGAAGCCCAGAUGUCUACCUUGCACAUGUUCUCACUCUCUGCCUCGCCUACUUCAACAGCUGUCUCAACCCACUACUGUAUGUGUGCCUCGGCCGAGGCUUCAAGGACAGCAUGAAUCGCUCCCUGCGUAACUUGCUACCCUUCCUCACCGAGGAUCCUGGGGUCAGGGUCAGCGUCACUAACACUGAUACCAAAAGCAGCAGCACUGGAAAGGAGUUGACUCAGAUCUGAUGGUGUAUCGAGCUACAACGUGAUGAACAGCACUCAGCAGCUGUGUGUGGUAAAGUGGACUGAGCUCUUUGUAACUGCUGGACAGUGGUGAGCACUGCUCCGCUAACAGUUAAUUAGUUAAGCUAAUUUUUUUCAUUAGCAUAUUAUCUUUUCAGAUAACUUUAAAAAAAAUCCAUGUUACCAGUUACCAACCAGUUACCUAUUAUGAAAUUUAGCUCAGCUAACUUUAAAUUGGCUAGCAUUUUUUUUAAAGUAAAGUUUAACAGUCAAAAAGUUGGUAUACCCUAAAAUCAUACAUUUGUUUCUGUUAGCGAUGGAGGAGCAGGAGGACGAACCAGUGUAAAUGCAUCAGUUUGAUUGUUAAAAGUAUUUUCCACAUUUUUUUGUAUUUCUUAACAUUUCAUAUUUCGUUAAUACGUUCUAUACUGUGAAUAAACUGCAUGUUGAAUGGAAA